UCCAUGUUUCUUUGUUAUUGUUUCGCAUUCCUUAGUUUGCACUUCGCUAGUUCAGUGGUGAGCGAACGUGUGAGUAACAUUACAUAAAAAUCGGAAGAAACAAUCAACAUUUAGCAACAAUAUCUGUUAUUUCUGUGUCGACUUUCCGCUCGGCUGAACAACAUGGCAGCGUUGUAAACAUCUGUAAAAUGAAGUUUAGUGCAGUUCUUCAGUGCAUAGUUUGGGCCCCCUCGUAAAGUGCAAGGAGGACGCAGGUCUUCUGGUUGGUCAUCCGACUGUCUCACAUUUGCAUAGUCUGUAUGCGAUUGGUCAGUGCUUCGACCCUCCGCCCACCCCCCUCACGUUUUCAUCGCGGACCAAGACGGAAACGAUCGCUUCUUUUGUUAUUGUCUGAUCGAAUUCGGGUAUCUUGAUUUUAUUUUUAGACUCGGAACGUCACUGAACCGAGCUGAACGAGAGUCUCCUCUUCAUCACAAUCACUGCCUCUGAACAAUUAGUUUUCGCGUUCCUCUAUUUCGUUUGGAAUAGACAUAAUUGUGGUGUCUAUUUUUAGUUGUUCCUGUUUCUCCUUUUCGUUGUUAUUGUGGAAGGCUGCGGUCAAUUAUUUUGUCUCUGAAGAUACGAGGGAAUGAGUGUGGCUGCAGGGUGGUGCUGUGAAGCGAGCGUCUAUGGCAGAUCCAGCUAGUGCCACCGCCACCGCUGGUGCCAGCACAAGCCGCCGCAAGCGUGCGCUGCCCCCACACCUUGCCCAGAGCAAGAGACUCCGUACGGAGACGCCUUCUCCGCCUCCCCCGUCACAGCCAUCCUCCCCGGUUCAUCGUAGCCGCAAUCAGACGGCAUCAUCGUCGUCUGCAUCCUCGACGACACAUCAGCGCCAUCACCAACCCGUCUCUAGUAGACCAUCCGGCUCGUCCGGUCGGUCUUCUAAAUCUACGGAGGACGUACGCAACGCCGCUGUCGUCACAGCCGCUUCCAAGUCCUCCAACCCACAACCUAAUCAGAAGCAUAAUAAGCGGCUGUCCAGAUAUAACAAUUCCUUGAAGGACGAGGACGCAGCUUUGGUUCCAGAGACAUCGAAGAAGUCGAAGCGCGAGGAGGCGGUUGUUGCCGGAAAGUCUAGGGAAACCUCGAAGCCGCGCACCAGGUCCAGUUUGGAUUCGACGCCGAGCACCUCGGCAUCAACAUCUGCUACGACGACGAAACCCAAAACCCGCAAGUCCGUAGACGCUUUGCGUGGUGGUGCCAGCACGAAAGGACAGGACGAGGAGAUUGCAUCACGUCUACCUAGGAAAGGCAGGAGCAAGAACGCCAGUUUCAGCGCAUCUUCCGAAGCGAGUUGCAGCAGCAGUAGCUCAUCCACUUGCGGACAACACAAGUACCCGCUCAGAAGUCAAGGUCGCGUUUCCGAUCCGGGUCGACCUUCAACGGCUCCCACCUGUUUGACGUCCACCCUAUCUUGCAUUAAGACGCUGCAGGAAGCGUCGUCCACUACCCAGCCGCAACAGCUACAGCACAAUCAGAAUAAUAAUAACCUAAACGCAAGGAAGACUGCAGCAGCACUGGGGGCCACCAGCAGUCAUCAGGCCAAGCGGGAGGACUCGGAGCCUUCACGUCUCACCCGCAGCGGCGCCGUUCUCAGACGCAGCACUCGCAAUAGCAAAGGGCACAACGCAACAACGGGUUCGUGUGCCAGUUCGAGUGGUGGCCGAGGCUCCAGCAGCAGCAGCCGAGCGUCCCGCCAACAUAAGGUGGGGGCGGCCGCUCCUGCCCCUGUCCCAGCCACCCCUGCAAUGGCUUCCGACCAAUCUGACAUUCCCAAUAAUGGACUACAAGCUUCAGACGAACCACCUUCUCCUCAAGAAGCAACUCUUGCGAUGGCGAGUGGUGGAGGUCCUUCCGGUCCUGGGGCAGACUCAGAGAGCGAUGACAGCGAAGUCGGAAGAUUACAGGCUCUUCUCGAAGCUCGCGGUCUUCCUCCCCAUCUUUUUGGCGCCCUUGGACCAAGGAUGCAGCACCUGUUGCACAGAAGUAUGGGUGCUAACAGCUCGGCGACGAAGGCUCAGCAAUUGCUGCAAGGGCUGCAGGCCACCGGAGACGAAGGGCAACAAUUGCAAGCUGUCAUAGAGAUGUGCCAAAUGUUGGUGAUGGGCAACGAGGACACCCUCACUGGAUUUCCGGUCAAACAAGUUGUCCCUUCUUUGAUUAAUUUACUUAGAAUGGAGCAUAAUUUUGACAUUAUGAAUCACGCCUGUCGCGCUUUAACGUAUAUGAUGGAAGCUCUUCCUCGGUCAUCAGCAGUCGUAGUUGAUGCAGUUCCGGUAUUUUUAGAAAAGCUGCAAGUGAUCCAAUGCAUGGAUGUUGCGGAGCAAUCGCUUACUGCUCUCGACAUGCUUUCUAGAAGACACUCAAAGGCAAUCCUACAAGCUAGGGGAGUUGCGGCAUGUCUGAUGUACUUAGACUUCUUCUCGAUUAAUGCGCAAAGGAACGCUCUGUCUGUAACAGCAAACUGUUGUCUAAAUCUGACAAGUGAAGAGUUUCAGUACGUUGGCGAAUCUUUACCGCUAUUGGCGAACCGUUUGACACAACAGGAUAAGAAAAGUGUUGAGAGUGUCUGCUUGGCCUUCAGCAGAUUAGUGGACAGUUUUCAAUUGGAGCCAGCAAGACUACAAGAAAUAGCGAGCACUGAUCUGCUGACAAAUCUGCAGCAGUUGCUGGUCGUCACGCCACCGGUAAUUAGUACCGGCACGUUCAUCACUGUUCUCAGAAUGCUCUCCGUCAUGUGCGCAAACUGUCCAGAUCUGGCGUUGACUCUGCUGAAGCAGAAUAUUGCUGAGACAUUAUUAUACUUGUUGACCGGAUCGGUGGAAGUGAAUCAAGAUGAAGUGGAACUAGUGCCUAGACAACCUCAGGAGCUGUACGAGAUUACUGCUCUAAUUGGUGAACUGAUGCCCAAGCUUCCAACGGACGGCAUCUUUGUCGUUGAUGGUUUACUGGAAAGACCCACAAAUGUUGGUAAAGAUCAACCGACUUGGCAGUGGAAAGAUGAUAGGGGAUUAUGGCACCCGUAUGGUGCUGUCGACAGCAGGAUGAUUGAGGCAGCUCACAUGAACGGCGACGAUGAAGUCAGCUUGAAUACUUUAGGUCGUACCUACACCAUAGACUUUCACUCGCUUCAACAAAUUAACGAAGAUACGGGAACUACAAGACCGGUUCAGAGAAGGUUUGCACCUAUGAAUACGCAGAUCACGCCUGCCAGUGAACCAUUGAUGCCAGCAGGAAGUCGUCCCAAUUCGGCGAAUCGCGACGCCAGGGUCGCUUGUCUUCGGGAAGAACGAGGAUUGGCAGCCGCAUUUAUCCGAUCACUGUUUUCCGUUCUAUACGAAGUCUACUCGUCAAGUGCAGGACCAACUGUCCGUUGUAAAUGUCUGAAAGCUCUUCUCAGAAUGGUCUAUUACGCCACCCCAGAAUUACUAAAGGAAGUGCUCAAAAAUCAGGUAGUUAGUAGCCACAUUGCCGGAAUGAUGGCUUCUAGCGACUUGCGAAUUGUGGUAGGAUCACUGCAGAUGGCUGAGAUUUUAAUCUCGAAGUUACCGGACGUAUUCGGUGUUCACUUCAGACGCGAAGGAGUAAUGCAUCAAAUCAAUCAGCUUGCCGAUCCGGAUGUUCCAUUAGGCGUGAGCCCUCCGAAAUCGGCAACGUCGAGUGCGAUGUCGUUCUCCAUGGACAGCUCACAACCGGGCACUUCUCAAACUUCCUCUAGCAACAAAGUGAACAUUACACCAAAUGGGACAGCCGUUACAGUGCCCAAUACCGCUCCUUCUAGCACGGCUCUUUACACAUCGACACCAGAACCACACAUGAGAAGCUCUGCGGCCGCGGAUGGAGAGGGACGUUCCCCGAGUCCAUCCCACGCUCGUAUCAGCGAUGUUCUGAAACGCAAAAGAGCAGGUAAACGAAGCAGUGCCGGAGGCGGCGGUAGAUCUUCCAAAUCUCGACAUGAUGAAACUCCUUUGGCACCUUCUUUAAUUCAAGACAUUUUUACGAAAACUGCUUCCCUCGGACCGAACUCUGCAAAUACACCAACAAACUCUACGACAAAUAGACCACGAUAUUCUACUGGAUCUUCGAAGGCCUCUAAUUUCUUAAAGAACUUUAAUCCCGCACACUGGGGUAGGAACAUGAAUUCCUCUUCGCACGACAGAAACUAUAGCAAGGAAAUGACCAGCUGCCUCAACAAGUCCACAUCAAAUUCUAACUUGACAGCAGGCAACAGAGAAAAAACACGUACAUGGAUUCGAGAUCAGGCAACGAAAUUUAUUGACUCUUACUCCGGAAAUGAGUUGACCGGUACACAACAUCCGGCCAUGAACGUGCUUUCACGUUUGAAGGCCUGCAUCCAGAAGUUGCCUACGAAUGAGUGCGGCGGUGCUUUGUACGAGCUGCGCGAAAUUCUCAUCGAAUCAGAUAUUUCCCCAUUUGAGGUAAACCAUUCCGGUUUGAUAAAGGCACUACUGUCAUACUUGGCAGCUGGCAACGGGUCAAUAGAUAGGGAUCAGAGAUUACGUAUCUUUUUAAACGUGUUCGCAAAUUGUCCUCUGGAAGCAGAUGCCUCUACAGGAACUAUGGAGAAACUAAACGGUACCUGGAUGGGAGCGCUUGUCUCGAAAUUGAAUGGAUGCGUUUCACAGUUGGAGCAAUUCCCGGUGAAGGUACAUGAUCUUCCGGCAAACAGUGGCGGCGGAAGGGGCGGUACCAGCGCUCUUAAGUUUUUUAACACUCAUCAACUGAAGUGCAAUUUGCAACGCCAUCCGGAGUGCGCCAAUUUGAAGCAGUGGAAGGGCGGUACGGUAAAGAUCGAUCCAUUGGCUCUUGUUCAGGCUAUUGAGAGGUAUCUAGUUGUAAGAGGGUAUGGACGUGUUCGUGAUAAAGAUAGCGCGGACAGCGAUGACGGUGACACAGAUGAUGAUAUCGAGGAUACACUCGCGACAGUUGUGAUCUCGCAGUCUGGAUCCAAACACAAGUUACAGUUCCUCAUUGGCAAUACCGUGCUGCCAUACAACAUGACCGUUUAUCAAGCGGUGCGACAAUUUAGUAACAACGGCAAUGACCAAAGUGAAACCGAUACGGACAACGAGACUCCUCUGGGUCAUGCGGGGGUUUGGGUACAGACGCACACAAUCUAUUACAGGCCACUCAAGGAAGAACCAGCACCGAACCAAAAGUCCACCUCUAGCGGCAGCUCAUCCACUCAUUCAAGCAGGAAGGGAAAGGGCUCCAGCAGUAAAAAUGCAUCCCGCCGCAAAGGAGAUGAUCUUUGGAACGAUGGUAUGACUCCGUCGGUGCAUUCGCCUCUGUCGCCUUUCUUAGUUACUUCCCUGCCAGAAACAGUGACGAUACAAGAUGCUUCACUCGAAGUGCUCUGCUUGUUGCGAAUACUGAACGCCAUCAAUAUGUAUUGGACCACGCUUUACCCGGCAGUAGAGAUUAGGACGAUACUACCAACGCAAGACUUUCUAAAUAGUAAAAUUGCCGCGAAGGCGUCCCGUCAGCUUCAAGAUCCUCUGGUGAUUAUGACUGGAAAUCUACCAAACUGGUUACAACAGAUUGCCUCUGUCUGUCCAUUCCUAUUUCCAUUCGAGACAAGGCAACUACUUUUCUAUGCUACCUCCUUUGAUAGGGACAGGGCUCUCCAACGUCUUCUUGACAUGUCUCCGGAGUUAACAAGCACAGACUCUCAAGAACGUGUAACGCCGCGCUUGGAUCGGAGGAAACGCACAAUUUCUCGCGAAGACAUUCUCAAACAGGCGGAGCAAGUAAUGCAGGAUCUUGCAUCUUCGAAGGCCCUGCUAGAAGUGCAAUAUGAGAACGAGGUAGGAACCGGCUUGGGGCCGACGUUAGAGUUUUACGCUCUCGUAUCCAAAGAACUACAGAAGUGCGACCUGGAACUUUGGCACGCACCGGAGAAUACCGGCGAUUAUGUGCAUAAUGCCGUUGGCCUUUUUCCUGCACCGAUCGCCAGAGGAGCCAAGGUCUCUCAGAUAUCUAAAAUCAAAACCAAAUUCCGGUUCUUGGGCAAGUUCAUGGCCAAAGCGGUCAUGGAUUCUAGAAUGCUGGACUUGCCUUUCUCGCUAACAUUCUACAGGUGGUUGUUGGGUCAGGAGCAUAGCCUGGGAUUGGGAGAUUUGGCGCAUAUUACUCCAGAUAUUCACAAGACCUUGAGGAAGAUGCAGGAUAUCGUACGACAACGAGACGCAAUCUUGGGGAACCCGGAGUUGUCGGCCGCAGAUAAAACGACACAGAUCGAAGCUUUGGAAUUCGAUGGAUGUUCGAUAACGGAUCUAGGUAUAGAUUUUGUUCUGCCGGGACAUAACGUCGAGCUUAUCAAGAACGGACGCGUAACAAGCGUGACGAUCCACAAUUUACAUCAAUAUACGAACCUCGUGAACCAUUGGUUCCUAUUCGAAGGUGUGAACAGGCAGAUGGAAGCCCUACGUGAAGGAUUCGAGUCGGUGUUCCCCAUCCAGAACCUGCGGAUGUUCCAACCAGAGGAACUGGAGGCCGUCUUCUGCGGUAGUCCGCGAGAUGCCAUUACCGGCUGGGACGUGAAGACUUUGAUGGAAUGUUGCAGACCGGACCACGGUUACACGGCGGAUUCUCGUGCCAUUCGCUUCCUGUUCGAAGUGCUCAGCUCGUACGAUCGUGAACAGCAGCGUCUGUUUGUGCAGUUCUUGACUGGAAGUCCUAGGCUCCCAGUUGGAGGAUUCAAGUCGCUCUCACCACCACUGACCGUAGUGAGACGGACGUUGGACGUAAACAUGAAUCCCGAUGACUUCCUUCCUUCUGUGAUGACGUGCGUCAACUACCUCAAGCUUCCCGAUUACUCCAGCCUCGAAGUGAUGCGUGAAAAGCUGAAGGUGGCAGCCUCCGAGGGUCAGCACUCCUUCUAUCUGUCUUAAGCGACGAAGACUCGGAACGCAAAACCAAAACACGACAAUUAUCUAUUGGGGAAUUCUAGGACAGAUAGUGCGCGUUUGAGAGUGGUGUUGUGCGCUUUCAACUUUCGAGAGAGAAAGAAUAUGAAAUUGUUACUAUAUAAAAUAUAUAUAUGUAUGUAUAAAGUGGAGAAAGGACCACCAGGCAAAACAUAAUAUCAUAUUAAAAAUACAAAAAAAGGAAAAAAUAAAAAUAAGAAU